GUGCCCGUUGCUUUUGUAGAAUUCUGGGGUGACGUCGCCAAGGAGUUCUACUGGAAGGAGCAGCACUCGGGGCCGUUCCUCAGGUACAACUUCGAUGUGACGAAGGGGAAGAUCUUCAUCGAGUGGAUGAAAGGGGCGAAGACCAACAUCUGCUACAACCUCCUGGACAGGAACGUCGGUGAGAAGAAACUCGGCGACAAAGUGGCUUUUUAUUGGGAAGGGAAUGAACCGGGGGAUUCUAUGAAGAUCACAUAUGGCGAGUUGCUGCGCAAAGUCUGUCAGUUUGCCAAUGUCCUCCGUAAUCACGGUGUGAAGAAAGGUGACCGAAUCUCCAUCUACCUGCCGAUGAUCCUGGAGCUGGUCGUAGCCAUGCUCGCCUGUGCCAGGAUUGGAGCCAUCCACUCUGUUGUGUUUGCAGGUUUCUCAGCAGACUCUCUUUGUGAGCGGAUCCUCGACUGCGGUUGCUCCCUCCUCAUUACGGCAGAUGCCUUUUAUCGAGGGGACAAGCUGGUCAACCUGAAGCAGAUUGCAGAUGAAGCUCUCCAGAAGAGCAAAGACAAGGGCUUCUCUUUGAAGAAGUGCAUUGUGGUGAAGCACCUGGGACGGGAGGAGGUAGCAGCGGACGGGGCAUGCAGCCAAUCUCCUCCUCUCAAAAGGCUGUGCCAGGACGUGCAGGAAAAAAAGACUGAGAGCUCACAGAGACUCCAUCCCAAGGUCCCCUGGGAUCCACACAUGGAUGUGUGGUGGCAUGAUCUAAUGAGCAGUGCCAGCAUGGAGUGUGAGCCUGAAUGGUGCGACUCCGAGGAUGAACUCUUCAUUCUCUACACAAGUGGCUCAACUGGAAAACCCAAGGGUGUGCUGCAUACAGUGGGUGGAUACAUGCUUUAUGCUUCCACUUCAUUUAAGUAUGUCUUUGACUACCAGCCUGAGGACAUCUACUGGUGCACAGCUGACAUUGGAUGGAUAACAGGCCAUUCCUACAUCACUUAUGGACCCUUGGCAAAUGGGGCAACUAGCGUAUUAUUUGAAGGUAUCCCCACCUACCCGGACGCUGGGCGAAUGUGGAGUAUCAUUGACAAGUACAAGGUGACCAAGUUCUACACGGCACCCACAGCCAUCCGGCUGCUGAUGAAGUGUGGGGAGGAGCCUGUCAAAAAGCACAGCCGGAAGUCUCUGAAGGUGCUGGGGACCGUUGGUGAGCCCAUCAACCCCGAAGCCUGGCUGUGGUACUACCGUGUGGUGGGAGAGGAGAGGUGUCCCAUUGUGGACACGUUCUGGCAGACGGAGACGGGUGGCCACAUGCUUACGCCUCUCCCUGCCGCCACCCCCAUGAAACCAGGCUCUGCUACGUUCCCCUUCUUUGGAGUGGUCCCUGCCGUCAUGAACGAGUCGGGGGAAGAGCUGGAAGGAGAAGCAGAAGGCUACUUGGUAUUUAAGCAGCCCUGGCCGGGAAUAAUGCGCACACUGUAUGGAAACCACCAGCAGUUUGAAACCACGUACUUCAAGAAGUUCCCUGGGUACUACGUGACAGGUGAUGGUUGCAGGAGAGAUAAAGAUGGUUAUUACUGGAUCACAGGGCGAAUCGAUGACAUGCUGAAUGUUUCUGGCCACUUGCUGAGCACUGCAGAAGUGGAGUCAGCUCUGCUUGGGCAUGGAGCCGUCUCUGAGGCCGCUGUGGUCAGCCACCCACAUCCCCUGAAAGGCGAGUGCCUCUACUGCUUCGUGACCCUGAAAGAUGGCCAUGAAUUCACCAAGGACCUGGCAGAUGAGCUGAAAAAACAAGUCAGGGAAAAAAUCGGACCGAUAGCAACGCCUGAUUACAUCCAGUAUGCCCCCAGCCUGCCCAAAACCCGUUCAGGAAAGAUCACCAGGCGGAUACUAAGGAAGAUUGCCCAAAAUGACAGAGAUCUGGGGGACAUCUCCACCUUGGUAAACCCAGGCAUUAUAAACCAGCUUUUCAACAAUAGAUGUGACACCAAACUGUAGCAGCAUGACUUCUGCCUGCUGAACAGAACUGUAGCAGCAGUGUCCUAAUGAGCAGGUCCCUCAAGUAACCACUGUCUGCCUUGGGAAAGAAACCUUCACCUGUUGAAAUUGAAUGUACAAAUGUUAAGAGAUGAAGGAAGGCUGACCCUGGAGAGGCUGCGUCUUGCCAGCAUGUUCAUGCCUUGGAGGAGCGUGCACGUCACAUCAGAGAUGAGUAACAUACAUCUGAGGUUUGGCCUCAUUUACACAGGGAUUUGUGACUUGUGCUCCUCCGUUUUCAUCACCUCGAUCUUGAUUUUUAUUGUUUUCUCUUGGGGGGGAGGGGGUGUUGAUUAACUUUGUGUAGUUGAGGGACCCUGGUGUCCUUAGUUGGUUCCCUUAGUGGGAAGGAGCCGGGGGCAGGUUGUAGGAGAAGUGGUACUGGAGUUACUCAAUGAAGGCAGGCAAGGGAGGCUCAUCUACCACUGUCUGCAUGCUGAGUAAGCUUCCUUUUCUACUCAGAGCUAUGGGAAAACUUAGCACUCACAUCAUAAGCACAACAUUUUAGUCUUGCAUCCACUGUUUUCUAGCUCAGGUCCCAUACCUGAAAGGGAAUGAGGUAAGGCUUGGGAGCUCUGUGCUUUAGCUGGAUUUUUUUAGAGCUCUUUGGUACAGAGCACUGCAGAGGUAUCUUUCCCACUGCAAACCAACCAAAUGUGUGUUACUUCUGCUUAAAUCUGGCAUGACUUUAUGAUGAUGAGAGAAAACAGUAACUCCAGCCCAAGUCUCAAGUUAAUUACAUUGAACGUCAACCCUGGAUUGAGCUGGGAAAGAUACCUUGUAAUGUCUGUAUUGAAAUCACACCUGAGCUGUUUGAUUUCUACACUUAAACCAAAGGAGAAAUGAGCUUUAAAUCUUGCUGCAACAGGCUUUACCUUUAAAUUGAGCUGGUGUUUGGCUGGCUGGGAAGGAGGAGGUAACUCUUCCAAGGCCCAGGGCAGGUGUUGCAGGUGCUCUGCAGAGCUGCUGCCCAAGUCUCAUUUCUUGCCUGCUGCUCUCACCAGCAUGGUAUCUGUGACCUAUAACCUCAGUCGUGCCUGUGUCCCACAUACCACCCACUGCUCCCUUCUGCAGAAUUGUGCCACUUCUUUGACGUGAGUUCCUACAUCUGUUCUCCUCCUCUGUUACUACUGUUGUGUAAUUUUGGCUGGAGACAGCUAGAACUCUAUGCAAAAUGGAAUAAAAAUUCAAGAAAACAAAACAGAAACAGAUUUAGA